GACCUAACUGCAAAUCAAAUUGAAAUCCAAUGCUCCUAUAUAAAACCACACUUCUAAACCCUAGCUUCGUUCUUCAACACUCCGCCUCAAAUCCAAGCGGCGUCGCAGGGCACAUCGGGAAAAGGUAAUAUGGCUCCGAAGCAGCAGAACAGCGGGAUAUUUGUCGGGUUGAAGAAGGGGCAUGUUGUUACCCCAAAGGAACUAGCUCCACGCCCUUCAGCGAGGAAGGGUAAAACAAGCAAGAGGGUGCAUUUUGUAAGGAGUCUCAUCAGAGAAGUGGCUGGGUUUGCACCUUAUGAGAAGAGGAUCACUGAGCUUCUCAAGGUCGGCAAGGACAAGAGGGCCCUGAAGGUAGCUAAGCGAAAGUUGGGUACCCACAAGAGGGCCAAGAAGAAGAGAGAGGAGAUGUCUGGUGCUCUCCGCAAGAUGAGGGCUGCCGGAGGUGGUGAAAAGAAGAAGUGAGAUCUGUUUCUGUUAUUUUCUUAUGGUUUUUAGAGUGAAAUGUUUGGAAAUUGGAACUCAUUGUAUUUUGUUCUGUUUUAGAAAUUAUUAUCGGACACCUAUAUAUUUUUGUUCCA